AUGAGCACUGGGAACAGGAAGAUUCUGCUGGACAGCACGCAUUUCAGUGAGAUACGCAGCAUAAUAAGGUCGCGGUCUGUUGCGUGGGAUGCGCUGGCACGGGCCUCGGAGUUGAGCGAGCUGGAUGCGUCCGUGGCGAAGCGGCUGGAGAACCUGCUCGUGAGGGGCUCCGCCUCUGACGAGGAGCUUGCGCAGUUGAAAGUCGAUGCGAACGUCGUCGAGCCCCUGAUCCACCUAUUGGGCAACUCUAGCAACAACGAUUCGAUCAAAUCCGCACAGAAUCUUGUCUCCGAGUUGCUCUCCUGUCAGAGGGCCACCGUGUCUGACGACACGGUCGAGUACUUCAGGGACCACCCUGAACAGCUCGUGGAGUUGUACGCGGUCUCCUUCAAGCCGAAUGACGACUUGCAGACCGUGCUGAUCUCUUCCUUCAAUAUAGUCUCGUUGCUGAUCCAACGCGGGCUCACCAACGAUAAGCUCGUUGAGCAGUUCUUGAACAACGAGAAGUUCCUACGGAUCUUGACCAACACAAAGCAGAUGGACACAUGUUACGUGUGCAUACGGUUGCUGCAAGAACUGUGCACCGUGCAGAGUUACAAGAGUCUCGUAUGGGCGAACGAGUCGCAAGUGCUCCCCACCGUGUUUGAGAUCAUUGGCAGCAAUCGCAGUUCCGGGACCAACGGCGGUGCUACAAACGCUGUGCUGAUGAACACGAACUCGAACAACCUGGGGAUCCAAUUGCAGUACUACUCCCUGCUGCUCGUAUGGUUAUUGACUUUCAACUGCGACAUUGCGAGUGAAUUGGAAUCGAAGCACUUGAAGGAGCUUCUGGGUCUCUUGAGACUUGUGAAGAUCACUAUCAAGGAGAAGAUAUCGCGUGUCUGCAUUGGGAUCCUGUUGCAAUGCUGUUCGAGCCACGUUCGAGGCCACAAGACGUUUAUCAAGGAGUUGAUCUUGCUUGGGAACGGGAUCGCGACGCUGGACAGCCUCAGCGAGCGGAAGUACUCCGACCAGGAACUUCGGCAGGAUAUUGCUUCUCUGCGGGAAAUCCUCGAGGCGGAGUACAAGGAACUGACCUCCUUUGAUGAGUACUUAGCUGAGAUAAAUUCGAGGCUGAUAAGCUGGACGCCACCGCAUGUGGACAGUUCAUUCUGGGUGGACAACAUUGAUAGAUUCAAGCAGGAUAACUGGAAACUGUUCAAGAGACUGAUCAGUCUUUUGAUCGAGGCGCAGACCACCGCUACGACGACGACGGAUGACGACACAGCAAACGAGAGGGACGGCAAGAAGACAAGGGAUAGGCUGGUGAUACAGGUGCUGUUGAACGACAUCACGCACGUAAUCGAGUUGCUUCCUGACGAGAGCGUGGACGUUCUCAACAAAAUGAACGGUAAAGUGGUCAUCAUGCAGUUGCUCAACCACAGCGAUUCCCGCGUGAAGUACGAAGCACUGAAGGCCACACAGUCCAUCAUCGGGUAUACUUUCAAGUAG